AUGGGUGAAGCAAGGGGCUGCACUGGUGCACUGUUUCUGCACCCUGGCUACCCACAGCCCAUAGACCUGGCCUUGCUGAAGCUGAAACAGGAGGUGCUGCUUGGAGAGGAGGUGCUGCCCAUCUGUCUGUCCCAGAAGGACUAUGUGCACUCAGGGCCGGUGGGCUACAUCUCAGCCUGGAGCUGCAGUGCUGCCUUUGGCUUUCCUGACAUGCUGAAGUAUGUGAUGCUGCCAGUGGCUGAGAGUGAGCAGUGCUAGGAAUACUACAACCUGGAAUGCGUCCCUUGGGUCCAGCCCCUUCUUGGCAAUGGCACCUUCUGUGUGGGCAUGAGUGAGCUGAGGCAGGACACCUGCUAUGGGGAUGCAGGUGCAGCCUUUGCCGUGCAGCAUCCCGAUGACAACACUUAAUAUGCAGCUGGCAUUGUCAGCUAUGACAAGACCUGCAUCGCUGCCGAGUAUGGCGUGGAUGUGGACAUGAAGCAUGUCCUGGCCUGGGUGAAGGAGACAGUAGCAGAUGGCUGAGGCAAAACUGUGAGGGAAUAAAAUUUUCGUACCAGGCUGCCAGCUUUGUGUCUGUCUGUCCUUGCAGGCUCUGGGGGUUAGCGUGUGCCUGCCCUCGCUCCCCGGCAGCGUCCUGUAGGGCUCCGGCGGCCGUUGGCUGGAGGAUCCGGGGCUGCAGGGACUCUGACAGAGUCUGCCCCUGCACGGUGUGGGGUGUGCUUGGAACUAUCCCCCCUCACGGCGCUGGCCCCGCGGCUGUCCC